CGCAGCGCGACAACUGCGAGCCCCGAUUGCUGCAACGGCUUGUCAGUGUGACGAAGAUUGGCACUCAGAACUGGCGUUACUCCACAAGCCUAUGAUGAUUCAGCGCCAACUUUGUCUGCAGUAACCGUGAUGGCAGCUCAGUCGGUGUCCAUGGAGCAGUACCAGGAGGGAGAGAUGCAAGCCGCUGCACAGACGGACAGCGGGCUGGACCAGAGGUUUCCGGAAGGUAGCGGCGGGGGCGCCAGCAGCCCCCCGCCUUCCGAGGCUCAGAACCCCAUGGACGCUGACAAGGAAGCCAUAUACAGACAUCCUCUGUUUCCACUGCUGGCCCUGCUCUUUGAGAAGUGUGAGCAGUCAACACUAAGCUCCGAAUGCGUCACUUCAGCCAGCUUCGACAUCGACAUCGAGAACUUUGUCCGCACUCAGGAGAAGGAGGGCAAGGCCUUCUUCAGCGAGGACCCUGAGCUGGACAACCUGAUGGUGAAGGCAAUCCAGGUGUUGCGCAUCCACCUGUUGGAGCUGGAGAAGGUGAGCGACUUGUGCAAGGACUUCUGUAGUCGCUACAUCGCCUGCCUGAAGACCAAGAUGAACAGUGAAACUCUGCUCAGUGGAGAACCAGGCAGUCCAUAUUCUCCUGUACAGACGCAAGUACAGACACAGACCUCCAGCCCUUUCACGGGGACCCUCAACCCCCAGGGAAUUGUGGUUCCUGCAUCAGCCCUGCAGCAAGGAAACGUGAACAUCACUAUGGCGAGCAUCAACCCCACACAGGUGGUGGCAGGUGGCACUGUGUACCAGCCUGUCACAGUCGUCACUCCUCAGGGCCAGGUUGUGACACAGACACUCUCACCUGCAACGAUACGUAUUCAGAACACAGAGCUCCAGGUGCAGGUUCACCAGGACCUGGCCUUCUUACACCACGACGAUGUGUCGUCCAAGAACAAGCGAGGAGUCCUGCCCAAACACGCCACCAAUGUCAUGCGUUCCUGGCUCUUCCAGCACAUCGGGCACCCCUACCCCACAGAGGAUGAGAAAAAACAGAUCGCCAGUCAGACCAAACUGACUCUACUGCAGGUGAACAACUGGUUCAUUAACGCCCGGCGGCGGAUCCUGCAGCCCAUGCUGGAUGCCAGCUCCUCGGAGACGCCCAAGACCAAGAAGAAGACCCCUCAGAACCGGCCGCUACAGCGCUUCUGGCCAGACUCCAUCGCCUCAGGCGUACCUCAGCAGCAGGUCACCAUGGCUGACGGUACGAUGGUAGCUGUGAACGUGGACGGGCUGCAGACGCUGUCUUCAGACAACUCCACACUGGAGGUGCAGCAGGUCCUCAUCGGUUCCAACAGCGAGGAUGAGUCCGGGGACACCGGAGACGACGAGGACGGAGACCUGUCCCGGUCCAACAUGGCCGGGCUCGGCCUGGACACCAGCGACUCCCUGCAAGUGAAGAGGAGGGAGGACAGGCGCAGGACUCGUGGACAAGCACAAGAGACGGGAAUAGUGGUCACGGCGGGGAUUUGUGCUGUGUGUGUCCUCCUCUUCUUUCGUCUGUUUAUACGAGCCGAUAAAAACUGCAAGAGUGAAAGCAGUCGCUGCCCUGCAAGGGAAGGGCUGGAGGACUUGCAGCCGAACGCCGUGUUUCAACUGCUCACUCUUGUGUAGUUCCUGCCGGGAUGAGAACACCACACGUUGACUGGCUGCUGUCAGUCGUACCCUGGGUUCUGGGUCUGGAUCCUUGCAUCUCGCAAGUUCUGGAUGUGAACCCAUAGACCUUCCAAGUUCUGGAACUGGAUCUAUGAAUCUAGCAGGUGCUGAGUAUGGACCCACAGAUCCUAGAAUUUCUGGGUCUGGAUCCAUAGAUCUCCCAGGUUCCGGGUCUGGACCCUUAGAUCUCACAUGUUCUGGAUCUGAACCCGUAGACCUUCCAAGUUCUGGGAGUCGAUCUAUGAAACUAGCAGGUGCUGAGUAUGGACCCCUUGAGCUUAGAAUUUCUGGAUUUGGACCCACAGAUUCCAGGUUUGGACCCGCAGAUACGGCAGAUUCUGGAUCUGGACCCAGAUAUCCUGCAGGUUCUGGGCCCCCUGCUUUUCCGUUGCUUUCUGUCCCCCCCCC